AUGGCCUCCUCCCUCGACCACAACCACACCCUGAACGGCGAUUCCAACACCCAGCAAUGGCCUCCUCCCCCGGCCAUUAUCGGACUCGGAGCCUCCAACUCCACUCCCCGGGUCGGAUAUGCUUUGAAGCGAGCUGAAGAGUUGAUCAAUGUUGGGCAGAAGCAAGAUGCAUUGCAAUCGCUUCAUGAUCUUAUUACAUCAAAGAGAUAUAGAGCAUGGCAGAAGCCACUUGAAAAAAUUAUGUUUAAAUAUGUGGAGCUUUGUGUUGACUUGCGCAAGGGUAGAUUUGCCAAGGAUGGUCUGAUUCAGUACCGUAUUAUAUGUCAACAAGUAAAUGUCAGUUCCUUGGAAGAGGUGAUCAAGCACUUCAUGCAUCUGUCAACUGAGAAAGCUGAGCAGGCACGUACCCAGGCUCAAGCAUUAGAAGAAGCACUUGAUGUUGAUGACCUCAAAGCAGAUAAGAGGCCUGAAGAUCUAAUGCUGAGUUAUGUCAGUGGAGAGAAAGGAAAAGAUAGGUCUGAUCGUGAAGUUGUUACUCCUUGGUUCAAGUUUUUGUGGGAAACCUACAGAACAGUGCUUGAGAUCUUGCGCAACAACUCAAAGUUGGAGGCCCUUUAUGCGGUACUGUAUUUCUUGUUCAGAUAAAGAUUCCAAUUGGUUGUUUUGAUCAUAUUGUUCAUUACCAUUUGUGUUCAUAAAGUUAAAAUAGUAUGUAAAAUCUAUAUUCAUGGGUCUCUAUGGUUCUUAUACUUUGCUUCCCUUGCCUUCUGAUUAUUUUGUGAUCUCUAUGUGUUCUCCAAGUUUCUGUUACUUCUACAGUUCUACUGCUAUUGAGAGGAUUUGCAUGGCUUGUUCACGGGCUCUAGUUUUUCCUUGUGCUUUGAUGUUGUUUAGAUUAAUUUUUUAAGUAUUAAUGUUGCCAUUUUAAUGGCCUUCCACUUCAUGCACUACCUUGAAUCAUGCUGCCAUUUUUGCUUAUGCUUUUACCAUCUGCAGUAAUGCCGUGUAUAACAUAACAUAUGUUAUAUUCGAUUAAAUUGUCUAUUUUUAUUAGCAUCAUCUGUUGUCUUGGCUGCACUUUCAGUUCCCCCCUAUGAUCAGACACGUGCUGCCUCUCACUUGGAACUUGAAAAUGAGAAAGAGCGCAAUUUGAGGAUGGCUAAUCUAAUUGGCUUUAAUCUUGACCCCAAAAUCGACAGAGGAGAUGUGCUUUCAAGAUUUGCUCUUCUAUCAGAACUGGUCUCCAAAGGUGUCUUGAGCUGUGCAACCCAGGAAGUAAAGGAUCUCUUCCAUCUCCUGGAGCAUGAAUUUCUACCUCUCGACCUUGCUGUAAAGAUACAACCACUGUUGACUAAAAUCUCAAAAUUUGGGGGUAAGCUGGCUUCAGCUUCUUCUGUUCCUGAAGUGCAACUGUCUCAAUAUGUUCCUGCACUUGAAAAGCUUGGUACUUUGAGGUUGCUCCAGCAGGUGUCUCGGGUGUAUCAGUCGAUGAAGAUUGAACAUUUAUCUCGGAUGAUCCCAUUUUAUGACUUUUCUGUUGUAGAGAAGAUAUAUGUGGAUGCUGUUAAACAUAACUUCAUAGCUAUGAAAGUCGACCAUAUGAAGGGUGUUAUGAUGUUUGGUAACUUGGCUUAUUUGCAGCAAGAGCUGGAAAAAUUACAUGAUCUUAGGAACAAAGUCAAGUUGGAAGGGGAACAUUGGGAUGACCUUGUAUCUAGUUCGAGUCAGAAUUCUCAUUUAGUAUCCAAGGCUACUCGUUUGUGGGAGUCGAUAUUAGCCAGUAAAAGUCAACAUGAAGUUCUUGCUUCGGGCCCUAUCGAGGAUUUAAUCGCUCAUCGGGAGCAUAGGUACCGCAUUUCUGGAUCUUCUUUGCUUGCAGCUAUGGAUCAGAGCUCUCAGGUUCCUUAUGCAGAUGUCUUAUCUGUCCAGUCUGAUGAGAGAAGUGGAAGAGUCCACCCAACUGUUGACGUGGCAGAAAUUAUCAGGCGUUGGACACAUACUUUACAGCGUAUUCAUAAACAGUCACUUCAUAUGGCAAAAGCUAAUGAGGGAGAGGGUCCAGAAAUUCUAAGAAGUGCGCAUGAAGGCAGUUCAAGUGGUCAUGCCGAGUCAUUAGCUGCAACACUAGCUGAACAUCAGCAGCACUUGGUUAGCUUUCAGGUUCUCAUUAAUCAACUAAAGGAAGUUGCUCCAGCAAUACAAAAGUCAAUAUCAGAAUGGACAGAUAAAGUAGAUAGCAUUUCCUCUAAUCUGCCUCCAAUGAUUAAGCAUCCUGGCCAGAUGGAGAAGGGACUUGCCUCACUACUGAGGAGUGCCUGCUAGAUAAAAACAGGAACCUAAUUUGACGAAGGAGUAAAUAAAGGAUCAACUUAAGGCAAAUCUUGGAGUGACGAAGAUUUUUGUAGAAGCGAAUGGCAGCUGAAGGUUAAGAGCCAUCGAGAAUAGGAAUGUUUUUUUAUUCAUGUGUAGCUAGCUAAGAAUGCUCUUGUUUGGUGCAUUAUCUUGUUACUUGAAU